CAAAGCCACUGAUAGAUCGAUGGAACUAUACAGACGGUCGUUGCACAAUGCGGCCUUAUAUACCAGUUUUAAAUAAUUUUAUUUUAUUGUCUAAUCAUUAUAUAGAUCUAUAUGGAUAGAUGAAAAUAUGACAAGAUAUAUUAGAGGUAGACCAUACAUAUUUUAUUGAAGCUUAUAGAUAAUUAUUAGAAUAGGUAAAGCGAACACAUGCAGACUACCUGUGAUGCCGUUACAAAGCCAUGUUGUGUGUUCUGGUGCCGUUAACUAUGAAACUAGUGACAGACUUCAGCUUGCUUUAAAGCAAAUAGCAGCACUUAUGUGUCAUCAGUGAAGAUUAAGUUAAUAGAGAGCGUCAUAUUUAACGUUAAUCUUUGAGGAGACAGUCUAUUAUUAUAUGUCUGUGGUUCGAGUAUAUUCACUGAAUAAAUACCACUUGCUUUAUUUAAAAUAUACAGAAACCAAUAUACAUAGGAUUUUACACACUGUCUGCGAAUUAAAGUAAAAGACUUUGAAAUCGACCAGAUUGUCUUGAAGAAAAUGUCUACUGAGAUUCGUGCAAAUAUGCGUAUAAUGAUUCAACAGCUUGUGACAUAAGAUCGGGAAAUUAAUGAUAUUUUAUUUUUGGAAACAGAUAACAGACGUUCUGCCAUAUUUUUAAUAAUAGACGUUUAUAGAUUUCAUAAUUAACCAAGAACAGAGUUUUUUGUUUCGAUAUCGGGAAUAGGAAUCAUUGUCAUUCACAUUUAAUUGAAGAUGCAGGUCGUCUACAGUGGUGGAUCGACAACCCCCUCUCCCUCCCCACGCCUUCAGAGGAAAACAUUCCAAGGAUAUGGAAGACCAGUAUUACCAGGGUACCUGACGUCUCCCUAUCCAAAUUCAUCUCAUAACAGAUCGAAAGAGAAAGUGAAUGAAGGAGAUAAAAGUUUACGUGAUUCUAUACCAGCGAUGAGUAAACCUGUUGCUGUCAUGUGUCUUGUUUGCAACAUUAUUUUACCUGGUCUAGGAACAUUUGUAGCUGGUCUUUCUGUUCUAUGCUGUUCCCGUGUCAGACCAAAAGGCAGUUCAAAGUCAAGUGUGCUUUGGGUUAACUCGUAUGUGGCCUUUCUACAGUUUAUAACUACUUUCUUAUUCUUACUUGGAUGGAUCUGGAGCAUCAUGUGGGGAGUAGCCUUUCUCUCUAUUUCAGCCGAAUAUUACAGAAAGCAUGAUUCCAGUCAUGAAGGAAAAGAUCACCAUCAUCACCACCAUCAUCAUCAUCACCAUCAUCAUAACCAACAACAUCAUCAUCAUCAUCGAGAUAAUGAUCAUGAACACCACCUCACCAAAAUACCUUCUAUUCCAGAAGACAGUCCAUCAGAUCCAGAUAGUUCAGUUAAUGUUUUACCACAUGCUAAUGGGACAUCACAUGUUUAUAACACAACACAUGAACUGUAUGUGGCACCUGCUCCCCCUAGUAAGCAAACCCAGCCAAUGAUUGUGCUUCAAGAACCGCCAAUAAACCAUUCCACUGUGUCCAAUAAAACUGGGCCAAUCCUCAAUGCCCGUACAAGACACCAGAAAAUCAUUCAAAGACAAAUGUCAGAUAACCAAUUGUCUCCCUUUAAUCUUACCCAUCAACACCUUGAAGCUAUUGUUAUCCAUGAUGCGCCAUUUCAGGCACCACGUCCAAGAUUACAGAGAACUGAAACUGUUGAUAGUACCAACUCAGCAGCAGCAGCAGCAGCAGAAACUAAUGGCGUGACUGUGACUUCAUGAUAUUGUGAUACCAAUGACUGAUUGAAAAUAUUUUUAUAAUUUUUAAACCUACUGUCCAACUGUUUGUAACGAAAAUCCUCCUGUGUUCAAGGCGCCGUCUGCUAUGCUUUUUGUUAAAUUUUUUGAAUGGCAUUUGCCUUCCUAGAACCGCUGCUGUAUGAAAUAUAUGCUGCUGGAUUUGUGAUUAUUGUUGUUAUUUUAUGGAUGUGAAGCACUCAGAUGGCAUUGAGGUUAAAACCAUAUUAAUCAUUGAUUUUAAGAUGAAAAUCCUAAUGUAAAUCUUGCUUAACUGUUUUCAGCAUUAAACUGAGUAAUUAUAUUAUUUUUAUUCUGUUUACAGGAGAGUAACAUUUUACAUUACUAACUUGGAUGUGGUUACUCUUUCUGGAAUUACACAGAAUGGGUUAUUUAAAUAUUCUCUUACUGCUUGUUAUGUUAUAUUUUAUGUUUCAGUAUACAUUAUUCAAGCUAUAUAUCUUUACGACAUACAUUAUUUAAGCUAUAUCUUUAUGACAUAAAUUCAAAGUAAUCCUCAGAAAGCACCAGUUAUAUUUACAGAUUAUUUUAAUAAAACACCCACCCAUUGGGAAUAAACCAGUG